ACAUCACAACAUACAUACACAUCUAAAACUGAUAAUGUAGAGAUAUAGCUUUCAGUACCAUACUCAUUCUUCUCUCUCCCCAACUCACCCCUUAAAUAUCUUCACACUCCCAACACUCAUUUUACUAAACCCCCCACCCAUCUUUCUCCUCCUCCUCUGCUCCUGUAUAUUUUAUACAUAUUUAAACAGAGACACAAGCUAUCUAGCAAGCAAGCAGUGCAGUGUUAAGAGCAGGGGAAUGUGAAUGGUGCUCAACUGUGAAGAUGGAUCCUCCUAUCAUAAAUGAAACUUGUUUCUCUGCUGCAAAUCCUUCUUCUUACAGCUUAGCUGAGAUUUGGCCUUUUCCCAUCAAUGUCAACGAAGCUGGGACUACUGUGCCAGGAGGCUUAGGCCUUCGAAUCAGUGGCUUUGGUGAUUCUACAAAUCAUGAUCUCGAAGAAUCCACUGUGACGGAUCAAAGUGCUACUCGUGCUCAGACUAAUAACAACCAAACUGAUGACAAUUAUGAGAAUGUUUCAAAUGGUAAGCGGCUAAAGGUGUUGGGAUCUAUAGAGGAACAAGGGGGUUCCAAGGCCGAAGUGGAAGCAAGUUCGGGUUCGGGCAACAAGUCUACUGAGCAAGUUAAGGACUACAUCCAUGUUAGGGCAAGAAGGGGUCAAGCUACUGAUAGCCAUAGUUUAGCUGAAAGAGCAAGGAGGGAGAAGAUCAGUGAGAGGAUGAAGAUUCUACAAGACAUAGUGCCUGGAUGUAACAAGGUUAUUGGAAAGGCACUUGUCCUUGAUGAGAUUAUUAACUACAUUCAGUCGCUACAACGUCAGGUGGAGUUUUUGUCAAUGAAACUUGAAGCAGUCACUUCAAGGAAUGAGCCAACUAUGGAAGGAAUUUCUUCGAGAAAUCUUGGAUUGCCUACAUAUGAUGCUUCUGGGAUAAUUUUCGAGUCACAACAAAGAGAAUAUGCUCAAGGAUCGGAAUCCGACUGGCUUCAUAUGCAGGUUGGCCACAGCUUCCAUAGAGCAACAUGAUACCCAUUGCCCUGAUAAAUUGGUUAGGGUAUCCCCGCAGCAUAUAUAGUCCAAAUGAAUUAGCAUUAGUUUAUCUGUUUGAUGCAGAAUUGUAUUUGUUAGAUACUCUUACAACUAUAUUCAUAUACGUUAUAUGUGUGAUCAGAACAUGAUAUGUACUGUAAAAAACUGCAGUGACAUUAGUGCGUCUCGUUAAGCUUGUAAGCUCGUUGUGCUUCAGUGUACUGGUAUGUAGCGAAUGCUGUGAACUAUUGAAGUGAUUAUAGUACUUGUAUCACAAUGUUGCUACUUGCUAAGAGAUAUACAGUGCUGCACUUUUAUA